CAGCCUCAACCCCAGGCCCAGGUCCAGGUCCAGCCCCAGCCCCUGCCCCAGGCUCAAUGCCCGUGUCUCAGGAGCUCGGUGUGGCUCUCUCCAAGGGCUACCAGGAGGGACAGAUCUCAACUAGCUGGGGAAACCUUAUUGCAAUGGUUCUUAGAAGCCAUCCCUUCCCCAGGCAAGAGAGGCCACAAGGGAGUUCCCCAAAGGCAGUGCCUGGGAGACCUACAGAUCCUGGCACUUUCGCACACUCUGGGGACAGACAGUCCAGUUCUCCCUCUGAAGGGGCCAUCCCUGGCCUUGAGGACAGGCACAGCUCUUCAGUGGGGACGGUCACAGGGGCAGGUGCAGGGGGCCUCGUUAAGGCUGGAUGUCAGCCACAACCAAGAAGCUCCGAGACCAAUAGGGCUCCCACGCCAGGCCCUUCCCCAGACCCAAGAGGAGAGGGAACCCAGGAGAAAAGUCUAGACUCACUGCCCCCAGCUGCAAUGCCCAGGUCCCCUUCGCAGCCCCCUGUGCAAAUGCAGUCUGGCUGCCCACCAUCCCCCGCUGAGAGGGGGCGGUCACAGCCUGUUCCCCGGCCACGGAAACGCAGCCUGUGUGAAAUAAUAGCCCAGGGCUCUGAGCAGGUCAGCUGGGCAGUCCCGGGCCACUACCAGGGAGAGGCGCCUGGGGAGGAGGCCAGUGCUGCACGCAGCUCCAGGAUGCUCACAGAGAAGCAGAAAGAGGCCCGAAAACUCAUGGUUUUUCUGCAGAGGCCUGGGAGUUGGGGGGUGGUGGAGAGGCCCCGGCAGCCCAGCUCUGGUGGGGCCCUGGACCCCACCACGGCAGCGACUCUGCGGCGGCGGCUGGACCUGGGGAGCUGCCUGGAUGUGCUGGCGUUCGCCCAGCAGCACGGGCAGCCUGGCCUGGCCCAGGAGACCUAUGCCUUGAUGAGCAACAACCUGCUGCGGGUGCUGGCAGACCCGCACCUCUACCGGCAGCUGAGUGGGGCUGACCGGGAGCGAAUCCUGAGCCUGCGGACCGGCCGGGGCCAGGCGGUGCUGGGGGUCCUCGUGCUGCCCAGCCUCUACCAGGUGAGCCGCUCAGGCCUCACGAGGGGCUCUCAUGGCGAGGAGGCCCCCGCGGCAGGGCCCGCACCCCUGCCUCCUCCCAUGCACCUGCAUGUGUUUAACCCCCGAGAGAACACAUGGCGGCCCCUGACCCAGGUGCCCGAGGAGGCCCCGCUGCGGGGGUGUGGCCUCUGCACCAUGCACAACUACCUGUUCCUGGCGGGGGGCAUCCGUGGCUCUGGCGCCAAGGCCGUCUGCUCCAACGAGGUCUUCUGCUACAACCCUCUGACCAACAUCUGGAGCCAGGUUCGGCCCAUGCAGCAGGCCCGAGCCCAGCUCAAGCUGGUGGCCCUGGACGGGCUGCUGUACGCCAUUGGGGGCGAGUGCCUGUACAGCAUGGAGCGCUACGACCCUCGCACGGACUCCUGGACCUUGCGUGCGCCCCUCCCUGCAGGCACCUUCCCUGUGGCCCACGAAGCUGUGGCCUGUCGUGGGGACAUCUAUGUCACAGGGGGUCACCUCUUCUACCGCCUGCUCAGGUACAGCCCCGUGAAGGACGCUUGGGACGAGUGCCCCUACAGUGCCAGCCACCGGCGCUCCAGCGACAUCGUGGCGCUGGGAGGCUUCCUGUACCGCUUUGACCUGCUGCGCGGCGUGGGUGCGGCGGUGAUGCGCUACAACACGGUGACCGGCUCCUGGAGCCGGGCCGCCUCCCUGCCCCUGCCCGCCCCCACCCCGCUCCGCUGCACGGUGCUGGGCAACACCAUUUACUGCCUCAACCCCCAGGUCACCGCCACCUUUACAGUCUCUGAGGGGACUGCUCAGUUCCAGGCCAAGGAGCUGCAGCCCUUCCCUCUGGGAAGCAGGGGUGUCCUCUGUCCGUUCAUCCUGACUCUGCCCUGCGAGGGCCGGCUGCAGACCUCGCUGUGAGGGCCGGCAGAGAACCAGGCCUGUUCCUCAGGGAGGUCUGAGGGGAUGUGGGGCAUGGCAGGGGGCUCAGGCCAGAACUUCCUGCUGUUGUUUCUGGGACAACUUUCCCUUUCUGUUAUAAUACAGCCCCUGCUUUAAAGGGGGUCAAUUACUUCUGGAGUGCGGCCCCUCUGCCCCCAGCCCGGGCUCCUUUCUGGCCCUCCCCGCCACACUCAGGCUGUUUCCUGCCCCAGUCACUUCCCUGCUGUCUUGGCUGGCUCACCCACACCCGUCUGUGCGACCCCCCAGGGCCAGGGCCCCAAGAGCUGGGACCUGGCUUGCCAAGGAUCUCGGCUGAGCCAAGAGAGGAGAUGGCUGGAAACCACUCGCGCUUCCGUGUUCUGUCAAGCGGGGAGGGGGAGCAAAAAGGUCCCCAGCUAACACCCUCCCCUCUGGGAACUUCUGCCUGCCCUGAGGCCUUUUGGGGGCUGGCUUGGCCCUGCCCAGGUACCAACCCCAUUGUCCUCCUGGGUCUGAUUGGUGCUGAAGAUCCUCCAUGGCCUGGGACCCUUUCCUGUGAACUUGGCCCGGGGGCGGGGGGUGGGGGGCUGCUCUGCUGUCCGUAGCCCCUGCCCACAGCCCCAGCCCAGAGCAGGCUGGGACCACGUGGGCUCACGACCCUCUGCAGCCUCAUGGGGCCUCUCCCAGCCCCUCCAGGAUCCCACCCCGGUUCUCACCCACCACCCUGUAACUGAGACCUGAGUUUUACCCUGGUUCGGUUCCUUUUUAGCUGUGUGGACUUGGAUAAGACUUUAACUUCCCUUUUUCCGUGUCUGUAAAAUUACUGUAAUGGACGUCUGUCACUCAGGAGCGUUGUGGGAGAUACGGUGACAGAUGUGAGCACCUUGCCUGGUGCCUGGGACACGGCACAGUGAAUGGUGCGUCUCCUCCCUUGACCCAUGUUGAAACCCACUUCAGGGGGGUGAAUAAAUGUGACUGGACGCUGCUGCCCAACCUCUGGCCUGGCUGUCCCUGUGUGGGCCUGUUUUUGCCUUUUACUUUAUG